AUGACCGGAGCGGGGAUCGAUUACAGUGUCUGGGAUCACAUCUACGUGUCCGACGAUGAAGAUGCCACCAGUCCGUACGUGGACACACCGAGCCUGUUCAGAAUGAGACACCGGUCCCGGCUGGAGAGAAUGGCUGAGUUUCAGCAGAGAGGGGAAGACCUGGAGUGUAACGUUUUGGAAUGCAAGAUGCAUUUAGAGGAAGCCCAAGGACGACUCAAAGAGCUGGAAGAAGGACGGAGAGAGGGAGAGGAGGAUGAGGACAGAGAGGCUGAGCUGAAGAAAGUCCGUGCGGAGGUGAAAAAACUGAAGAAGGAUGAAAAGUCGUUUGAGAAAAUGAUUGACGAACACCGGCGAGAAGAAAAGAAACUGCCCUGGGAUGUCGAUAGUAUCAGCAAAGAAGGUUUCAGCAAGAGUGUACUCAACAUAAAGCCUGGUGAAAAGGAGGAAACAGAUGAGGAAAAGGUGGAGAGGCACAAGACCUUUGUGGAGAAGCAUGCAAAGGAAAUCAAACACUUUGGUAUGGUGCGGCGCUGGGACGACAGUCAGAAGUAUCUCUCAGAUAACCCCCAUCUGGUGUGUGAUGAGACGGCCAAUUGCCUUGUUGUCAUCUGUAUCGACUUUGAGAUAGACGAGAAACAUGCUCUGAUGGAGCAGGUCGCCCACCAGGCCAUCGUCAUGCAGUUCAUCUUGGAUCUCGCUCAGACACUUAAGGUCGAUGCAAGAGGCUGCUUCAGACAGUUCUUUUCAAAGAUCAAGACUGCGGACAAGCCGUACCUAGAUGCCUUCGACCACGAGCUGGAGCUGCUGAAGGAGCGGAUCCGCAACUGUGCACAGAUUCGUAAGGAGAUUGCCAUGAAGGAGCUGGAGGAAGAAGAGAGGCAGAAGAGACUCGGCCCAGGAGGUUUAGACCCCGUAGAGGUCUAUGAAUCACUGCCGAAGGAAAUACAGAAGAGCUUUGAUGAUAAGAACAUUCAGAUGCUGCAGGAAGCUAUCAGCAAACUGGACCUGCGGGAGGGAAAAUACCACCUCAGGAGGUGUAUUGACUCUGGACUGUGGGUCCCUGGUUCAGGGGAGGGUGAUGAUGAUGAUGAUGAUGAGGAGGAAGACAAUUCAUAAGAGAAGAGAGAACAUUCUUUAUUAGUUGACAAAGGGAAUCUACAAGAGGACACACUGAGACGUAUUCAAGGAUGGAUCCCGGCAUAUCACACCUGGAGUUCUGACAUCCGGACCUCCCCAGAUGAGCCGAUCAUAUCUAACACCUCUCCCUAUGCAGAAUGUGGAUCCGACCGACCGGUCAGACAAUGA